AUGGAAGCACUAGAAUCGCACAGCCAGGAAAGCCAGCAGAACCAACACGGCCACCUCAUCCAAGACUAUGACGAGCAGUCGAGCUCCGUAUCCGAUUCUUCAACCAGCGAUGUUGAAAAUUGGUACCCUGGUGACGGUGUUUGUCCGCCUGAGGAUCACUUCCAGGCAUGUCACCAAGCCAGUCUACACCCCUGGAGCCAAGCAGCAUCCAGGUAUGAUGGAACAUCGAAGUCCCUAGACAUGCAUUUGCAGGCAAUUCUAGGUCUGCUAAAGCACGUUCCUGAUUUCUUCCACCAUCCCCCCGAGAACGUCGCCUUGACAGGUGGAAAAAAGUUCCCGCUCGUCCUACGGUCGUCCUUGCAUAUUAAAACUACGGAUAGCCCCGACUGCUGCCAACAAUGGAAGCCUAUUGAUUAUCUCCAAUUUCUUGGGUUCCCGCGGCCUUCUGUCUACAAAUUGAUUGAAUAA